AAAAUAUCAACUUCCGGUUAUUUAGAAUCGAGCGUCUCAAAAAAAAAUAUUAUUUAAGCCCAACUUAAAUAUUUUAAAACUCUGGGCUUGUAGAAUAUAUGAAAAGUUUUCAAAAUGCCAAAGCGUAAAAGAAGAACAACACCAAAAAAGAAGAAAAAUGAAGAACCACAGGAUGAUGUAUCAGAGUCAGAUUCAACGGAUAAGCCAUCCUCAGCCAAGAAGGUGGCAGUGUCUUCCACUAGCCAGGAUGAAGCAGAACAAAUAUCCAACUUUGCCAGUGUGUCACUGAUAAACAGUAGUGACACAUCCUUGGCACAUUUUUGGUGUAAUUAUUGUGAGUUUUCUACUGAAGUAAAAAAUGAGCUGGUGUCUCACAUGCGACAACACAUGGUGAAAUGCUCCUACUGUGCUUUCAGUAGCCUUUCACGGUCUGAGGUUGUCAAGCAUAGCAAAGUUGAACAUGAUAAAGAGUUGGAUACAACCACUGCAGAAGUUGAUUCUUCCAGCAGUGGGGAUUGUGAAAUGGACAAAGAUCCAUGUUCAGCUUGUGUCUUCUGCGACUUUAUGACCUAUUCUACCGACCACCUUGAGAAACAUACAGUGACCAAGCACCCUGGCAUGUUACCUAAAUCUGUGGCUAAGAUGAUAAAAAAGGAAGUAAGCGCUCAGGUGAGGAAGGAUGAUGCUCUGUUUUACCUCCCCAGUGAGAGUAUAAUUGAGCGGACAAACACCAGUACAGACACUAUAGUCAUUGACCCUGUGGAGAACAAAAAACCAAAGGAUGUUAAAUUUGAAGUGAAUUCUGCUUUUGUUGACUCAAAAGCACAUCUUUUAGAUUCAUUGAAGGGGAAAUUAGCCGAGGAUAGAAUAAUUGAAUUGCUUAAGAAAUCAACAGAGAAAACAUCUGAUGAGCCAUUAUCAUCCAGUGAAGACAAGGAGCCAAGGUCCAACUGGAAUGUGAAGGUGGAGACAAUGUACUGUUUAACUUGCCCUUACAGCAAUGCCUAUGUUGAUAAGUUAAAGUGUCACACAAUAGUACAACACCCGGUCGGGGCGGCAGUGGGCACGUACAACACAGCAGGUGAGGGGGAUCAAGAUUUAACUUUCUUCUGUGUCAGAGAGGCUUGCAGUUACAACAGCAAUGACCCCUGCUCCUACCAGAAGCAUCUGAUUGAGUGCUGUUCAUGUCAGGAGACAAUGUCAGUGUUGGAAAAAGAAAGGUUGAAGUCUACCAUGACUUAUGUCUUGGACUAUUUGAAAAAACUGAGUAAGAUAGCAGAGGAAGGUUUUCUUGAUUUUGCAUCCCAAAGUCUUGGUGUUGGUGUGUUUUCUCAAUACAGAAAACUUCAAAUUACCCACGCUAGUCAAAACUUCCUUCAUCCUAGAACAGAGAACUCCUCUACGAGUGGCCUACAAAAUUUUUAUCAGGCACCUGUGACAGGGUUGCAGAACACAGGCUCAGUAGGGAACCUUCACAGAAAUAAUGAUCCACAAGGAAUUCCUCAAAGCUUUAAUAGAAACAUGGAGUGGAAAACUGGCCACUAUCAAGGUUUAAGAGGAGGAAAUGCAUUAGACUUAAACCCACAGAUAUCUCCUACAGUACACCAGACUCCUUUGCAACCAUCUUUUCAAAUACCAAACCCUACUGUAUCAUCUAACCACUCUGGGUUAGUUGGAUACUCAUUGCCCAGGGAAAAUAGUGGCCCUAGUUUUACACCAGCAGAUCGAAAUCAAGGCUUUGUACCUUCAAACAGUUUGCCACAAGCCAGCAAUACAUUUCACACACUGUCAAGCAGAAGUGGGUUUAAUCCCGCUUUAAUCAACUCAGCUGAACAAAUAGGCACUGGGUUACAGCACAGUGCUGACCCAGAGCUGAAUGCUCAGAAUAAGCAGCAGUCAGUGAAUUUGAUUUCAGACUCUAUUUCUGUUUUACUCAAUCAAAGAAGCAUGCAAGACGUCUCAUCGCCAACUUCAGUGAUUUCAUUAACAGAGCAGCAUAUGGUUACCACCCCGCAUGCUAUGCAGCAAAAUUUUGGUGCCCAAAGAGGAAUGGGCUUGCAUAAUCAACCAGUAAACUCUAACAGCCAAGAUAUUUCAUUUCCUUCCAACACACACAAUGGGCCACCUCAAGACAUGCCUUCAGUACCAGAACUGAAUGUAGUACCAGAGCCUGGAAGUGUUGGAAAUCAUUUCCAGUAUCCUAUCCAAGUCAAUCAGCAACCUGUCCCAAAUAAUGGCAGCUUUGGUGCACUCCGUGGUGCUUUGUCAACUUCAAGCUCCUCGCCAAACUCCAACAAACAAGUUCAAAACAUCCCAAACUUCCUGGUGACAACCAGUGGCCCCACACCCACUGCUGAAUCUCCACAAGGAUAUGUGACAGCACCUACUUUUUUGAAUCAAAGACCCCAGACAGGUAGAGCUACAGCCCCUCAACUGCCCAACACUCCACCGAGAAAUGCCAAUGUCCCAGCCAAUGUGGCUGGAGCUUCACCCUUGAGCCCCAGUAUUUAUCUUAGUGGUCAAGUCCCAAGACACAAAAGGUCCAGCUGGACUGAUGCAGACAUGAGACCCAAAGGAGCCAUUAUAUCAACUAUGCAGAACAGAGGAGCAGUGACACUGAGUGGGAACCCCGUUCAGCUUUAUCAGCCUCCUCAAGCUCCUCAAGCACCCCAAGGACACAAUGUACGUCAGAGGUUGUUUUCCGCCGGCCAGCCCCGUGGCAGAGGUGGUAGGGGUAGAGCCAGGAUGUAUCCUCAGUCUCAGAGGUUUGGUCUUGAGGAAGAUGACGAUGUCAUUGUUACUGCUGUUGUCAGAUCUGCACAACCUGAGCAAAGUUAUCGCCAGCCUUUAGGACGAGGUAUCAGAGGAUCGGGUCACAUGCCUAGGGGAAGAGCACCCAAUGCACCAAGAAUGCCAGUACAAUUCCCUAGCCCCAAUAUACCGGCAGUUUCUCCACAGCGUAAGGGAGCGGCCUUGGCUCACCCACCUCCACCACCAAAACAGUUUGACAUAAGUAAACAUUUUGAGGACCUCGCUUGUGUGGUCAAUUCAAAUUUAGAGGAAGAAGGCAGGGGUGAUGAUGACAUUCAGAUUCUUGGUAUGACUCCAGGCAAAGACAAAGAGAAAUCUAAGGCUGUGGAUGCCAGCAUGUUCUCUUUCUGUUGUGUACAUUGUGGAAAAGACCAAGGGUCCAAGAAUGUAAUGAAGCAACACAUGAAAACCAGACACAAUGACUCCUUGCUGGGAGCCUUCACCAACAAGGAAACAGGGCAGUUUCUGUUCUUUUGCCCACAGUUAAACUGUGAAUUUAUGACCUAUGACGAGCACAGGUUAAGUGAACACCUGCACAAAUGCUUCAAUUUAGACAGCUCAAAACCAUUUGAUAUAUUAACUGCAGUAAAAAACUUGAAAUCUAUGAAGAUAAGGCAAUUAGAUGUGAGGACAAUUGGCCGGUCUCAGGAUAAUCCUAUAGACCUAGAUGGACAAGGUAUGAAGGACAAUUUCAGUAGCAGUCUGAAUGAUGCUUAUGGGGACAUUGUUGUCAGUGCAUCUGGACGGCAGAUUGCCAGGCCUCAGACACCACCUCAUUUACAACCUCCUCCCCCUCAUCCUUACCCUCCACAGCCAAGAGGUCCUAUACGUGGUCCAAUACCACCUAGGUAUCAAGACCCAAGCAGCGCUAGUCAGAGAAUGAGAUUAAACAACUAUCCACAACAGCAUGGAAUGAGACCUCCGGGGUAUACCAACAGACCCAAUUACAUGAAUAUUCGUCAUCCAAGACCAACUCAUCCAGAGGUCAGGCCAAGUUACAGGCCAAAUGUUGGUCCUCAUGGCAACCCAAGAAUGAUGAUGGGAGGCAUGAGGGGGAUGGCGCCAAGAGCUCCGAGAAUGAUUGCACCCCCUCCACAAUUACUCGCUCCCCAGGUUCCAAUAGUCACCACCCAGAGAGGCGGGGAACAGGAGCCUAUUGUGAUAGAUCUAGACGCAGACUCGCCUGAACAGUCAGUCCCAGUACCAUCACCGCAGUCUUUCACAACAUUAGACCAGCCGUUUCCUCCCCCCACUGAAUCAUCAGAUCAUCACAUGUCAGUUUUAGAUGCCAGAGUCCCAAGGGAAGUAACCAGCAGCUCCAUCCCAACUCUUCAGACAGGGCUUGACACAUACCAGAACCACCCCCAAGCUCUAGAUACUGGCACUGCUAAUGAAUGUUGGACACCAUCCUCUGUGUCUCAACCCAACUUUGAACCAAGCAAUGGUACUAAUAGUUUAGCUGCCCAACCUUCAGAAACAAACUGCUCCAACUCAAAUGUGCAACAAGCUAAUUCUCCACAACCUUUGGCAAGCUAUUCAAAGAAUAACUACAGCUCUGUACUGAAUGAUGAUGAUGACUUUGAUGAAGAAGAAAGAGUCAACGCUGUGGUGUUAGAGAAAGUUUUUGCUAAAGUGCCUAACAUGCCAAAGACUCUGUCUCAUCGCCUAGUUUCCAAAUUCAAGGAAUAUGCAAAUUUCCGUGGUGUUAAAAUCACACCAGAUUCAAAGGUAAUUGAUGAAUUUGUUAGCAAAAUAUCCUAUAAAGGAAACAGCAAUGAUAAUUCAAAAGAGUCAUUACCAAAGUCAUCUAAUGUAAAUCCAGCCCCUCCGCCAACUAACUAUGAUGGAAAUUCUACAUCAGAAGCACGAGGAAUAAAUGAUCAUCUAAACAGUUCAAGCUCGGUUGAUGAAACCUAUAGCAAUACUCAUGAUUCAGUGGAUGAAUCUUGUAGCAAUAGCCAUGAGGAUGAAUCUGUUGCUUCCUAUUCACAGAGUGAAGACAACACUGAUAAUGAACCCAUGAACUUAUCAACAACGGAAGAUUUGUCUGAGGUCAUCACAACUCAUGUGAUACUGCCACAGCACACCAUUCAGUUCUCUGGACGCUUUGCCCACAUCAUGCAAAAAAACAGUGCCGGAGAAUCUGAGGCCAGUGUGUCAUCUGGUGACACACAGCUUUGUGGAGAGACAAACAUACAGCAGGCUAAUAAUAGCUUGAUGGGCACCACACACAGCACAGCAGGGGAAACCACCCAGUCUCCAGCAAACCUGCAGAGCUGUGAUAUCCAGGGUAACUCUGCAUCACCAGAACAUUUUGACACUCAGGAAAAAACAGCUGCUGAUCCAGAAAUAGAGAAUUCAGACAUGACAACAGAGCAUGAUAUGACACUCUUGAAAAAUGACACUUUCAAAUCAACCCUAUCUGACUUAUCCCUACCUCUGUCAAAUAACAGCCAUGCUUUCAAACAGAAGCAGAAAUACUCACCUCGUAGAAACAGCAUUAACUUUCCCCGGGAAAAUUGCAUUAUCAUCAAAACAAUAAGAAGAUCGGGUUCAUUUCCUUUGAACUUAUCUUCGUCAUCCGAUAAUCCAGUUUCAUCUGGUAAAAUAUCACCAACAUCUGGUGACUUUUCAGUUUUGAGCAGAGUUUCAGCUUUACCUUGCAACAAUGCAGAUUCAUCCAAGAAUAUUUCAUCUUCUUCUGGUAAAAAUUCACCUGCAUCAGGUAACUUUUCAACUUUAAGCUGUGUUUCACCUACAUCAGGUAACUUUUCAACUUUGAGCAGUGUUUCACCUACAUCAGGUAACUUUUCAACUUUGAGCUGUGUUUCCCCUACAUCGGGCAACUUAUCAACUUCAAACGGCGGUUCAGCUUCAUCUGGCAAUACUGCAGUUUUAGACUGCAGCUCAGCUGUGAUAUGCAACAGCAACACUUCUGCUCUGGACUGUAGUCAAGCUACAUCAUUCGAUACCUUAGCAUCAGCAGGCAAUAGUUCUCCAAAAGACACAUCUAACCCCAAUCUUGUAGAUGAUUUAAUUUUAGAGCCCUCUGAAUUAAAGCAAACAGCCCAUUUGAGAAGCUUUAACUCAGCAUGUGAUUCUGAGGUAGCUGUUCUCUAUCCAUCUGUUGAAUCUGGCAAUGAAGAACAAGACUCGGCCCAUAGAAUCUCACUAAAGCAAGAUCAGGUAACUCUGACUGCAACCACCCCCACUCCCAGGACAUCCAGCGUUUAUCAAAUUGUCUCAGGCCACGCUGAUCUUGAGGUUGAUGUAGCUGAAAAGCCUGAUGACACGAAUUUAUAUUAUGUAUCAAAGCAAAAACCUCAUGAGACUAGUAACAAGUUAACAGUUACUGUAAGAAAGGGUGUGAAAGACUUUCAAAAACAGCAACGAACAUUAACCAAGAUAAUGCCUAAGAAGGCUAUUGGUGAUGGCACUAUCAAACCCAAAAGACAAAGCAAGCUUGUGGACAUGAAAACUGGUAAACUUGUAUUGAAAGUUACCAAAAAAGGAAGGCCUAGGAAGAAAGCAGAAGUGGGGGUUAAAGUUCAAGUUGUGGCUGAAAAGAAAGAUGAAGAAAAGACGGCUGACAAUGACUCAACUAAAGCAGCAAUUGAAAUUUCUGGUAGCUUAGUUGAUGAACCCACAGAUAAGGAAGCUUCUGAGUCUUUAAAUGUGGAACCAGCAAGUGAAUUGAAUGAAGAACUACCAGAAAAUACUGACAAAAUAGAAGAAAUGUUGAAAACCCCUGAAAAGGAUGAAAGUGUGAUUGAAAAUACAGAGAUCUUUGUUAGGCGAUCGGAUCGAAAACGUAAGGUUAUUCUUAGUGACUAUAGGGCCAGUAUAGAUGAUCUGUCAGAUGAAGAUGAAGAGUUUAAUUUUGAUGAUGACGAUGAUGAUGACUCGGAUAGUGAUAAGAAAUGGCAGAGUGAGCUGCAUUCCAACAAGAAAAAAGUGAAGAAAACAAAGCCAGCACCUGACCCAACAGCCUACAAUACAUCAACUAAAGGAAAAUACAAAUGCUGGCUGUGCAAAAAAAUUUUCCUGAAAUGUGGCUGUGCCAAAGUGCAUUUGUUAAAAAAGCAUCAGGAAGGUUUGUGUUCAGUGGAUGUGUUACAAACUGAAGAGACAGGAUCAUUGCACCUAUUGUUGUACUGUCCCAGGGACUGCAAGUAUGCCACGUUCAGCCUGGAAGGAUUUAAAAGCCAUGUAGAGAGCUGUGAGAAACCAGUGCAGAAAGAGAAUGGAGAUGCUGUGUUGGAGAAAAACAAAACGUUCAUUGAUUGUGUUUAUCCUGAGUUAAUAAAUACUGAGCCAAAAGUCUUGUUGGAGACUUCCAAAAAGAAGCCAGUAGCUAAAGAUCCCUCCAAGCCCAGGAAGAGGAAGAAAAAGCCAGUUGUGGAUCCUGGUCAAGCUGAGGUUUCUGCUACAUUUUCCCCAGAUGGGAACACAGUAACUUCAGAGCAGCGCUCUCAACUCCCCCAUCCUUCCUCUGUUGGUACUCAUCUAAAUAAUACCCACCAAGCCUUACCUGAAGAUUUAAGUUUAAAUAGACAAAACUUGAGCCAACAAAAUGUUCCUGCAUCUUCACAGCAGCACCCUAUGUUCAGCAGGCCAAUGCCUACUCCGCAGCACAGAAUGAUGCAAAAUCAGCACUUACCUUCACACUUUCCACCAGCGGCCAGAACACCCAAUACUGCCUCACGCUUGCCGGUGCAGCACAGAGAAAAGGAAAUGCAACCUGGUGUGCAUCCUAAAGCACCACAGCCAUAUUAUUACCAGCAGCUGAAGGCUACACAAUCCAAGACUUUUAAACAGCCUCUUCAUAACACAGGUUCUGUUGGUCAACCCCAGCAUACACCUGGUCAACCCCAGCAUAUGUCGGGGCAGCAUCAGGUCCAUAACACUGGUUCUGUUGGUCAACCCCAGCAUACGUCGGGGCAACCCCAGCAUAUGUCGGGGCAGCAUCAGGUCCAUAACACUGGUUCUGUUGGUCAACCCCAGCAUACGUCGGGGCAGCAUCAGGUCCAUAACUUAGGUUCUGUUGGUCAACCCCAGCAUACGUCGGGGCAACACCAGGUCCAUAACACAGGUUCUGUUGGUCAACCCCAGCAUACGUUGGGGCAGUAUCAGGUCCAUAACAGUGGUUCUGUUGGUCAACCCCAGCAUACGUCUGGUCAACCCCAGCAUACGUCGGGGCAGCACCAGGUCCAUAACACAGGUUCUGUUGGUCAACCCCAGCAUACGUUGGGGCAACACCAGGUCCAUAACAGUGGUCAGCUCCGCUAUGGGUCAGAGCAGCAUCAAAUGUCUGGCCCUGCUGGAGUCUUGCACCGUCCAGCAACAUUUCAAAGGACUGUUAACCCUUCUCGUGACACUGUGAGCCCAAGUCAAAACUUGAAGUACACUCCUCAUACUUACAGACAUAUUCAUGAAAGUCACUCAUCACCUCCUCACCAAAACCAGAGUUUCAGUAAUAUUCAAGAAGAUUACACAGUAGAAGAUAAUGGCACCAUAUGUUUAGAGUAACCAUAUUGUACUCAUUAAGUGUUUUUUUUCCUGAUAAAUUUAUUGCUGCAUGGGUACUUUUGUUCUUAAAACUUGACUUUUUUCUAAUUCUGUUAUUUAACUAAUCAAAAAUAGCUCUUACUAGGACAUGAUUUUUUUUUAUCAUGAUUGAAAAAGGGACUUCUUACAUUGUUUUUCUGUAAUAACAUGGUUCCUAUAUUAUUUAUGUUAUAUUUGCUUCAGUAUUUUUAAUUAGGAUUCUAAUUAACUAAGAUGGAUGAAUUGCCCUGUUCUAGUAGAAUAUAUACUCUACACUUACAUGUUACUUGUUUGAUCUUUACAAAUGUAAAGAGGUUUUUUGUUGUUAUUUUUUUUCUAAUUUUAAAGCAAUGUUGCUUAGUUCUAUCAUUUUUAAAGUUAAAUAUAGAACAUAAGCUUUUAAAUAUUUUUUUAAAGUCUGUACAUCUCAAUUUUAAAAGAUACUGACCUGUUAAUUUUAAAUUUAUUUUAGUUUGACUUUAUGAUAUUUUUCUAUCUCAAUAAGUAUUCACAUUUGAUUUUAUUUUCAAAUAUUACUUUAGGUUAGAAGACAUUUUAAAGCAGGGAGUUGAUGCAUAACUUUAAUAAUGUAACUGCUGACGCAAACAAAACUUCCGUUGAUUGUAAUCCCAUCUGAAAUAUAAAUUCAACAAAACAUUUUUAGCUACAUUUUUUUUAGCUAGAUUAAAAGAGAUUAAUCACUUUUGACUUUAUUAGCUAAAUUUAGAUACUGCCAUCAAGGAUAUAGAUCUGUAUCCUUGCUUGCAGUAUGUAGUUUUAGCAAAUAACAAUAGCAAUCCCUAUUUUUCUGUAUAAUUUGCAAGUUACUGGUAGGCACAAUUUUUGCCACUUUAAAAAAUUAUUUCUUCAAAAGAUGUUUCUGAUAACAGAAUUACAUUUAUUCAUAUUACCUAACCUUCAGACUUACAAAUUAGAAAUCUUUGAGCAAUUUCAUCAAGCUUAGAGUAAGACUAAAUAGCUAUUUUUAGAUAUUGCAAAUUGGGAUUUGUUUUUUUAGAGAGAAAAAAUCUCUGUCUUGACUCCAUGGGUAGUUAAAUUCAUUCAUUUCCUCACAAAAUUAACUAUGGUAUUUUUUUUUAAUUUUUAAUACAUUUAUUGACUGAUUAAUAUAAAAUAGAAGCAAGGUUCAUUUUUAUUGAAACUGAAAUAAAAAUUGUGUGUAACACAAUGGCUGGAUUCUUUAUGAAACUUGCCAAAUUGAGCAUUUACCAUCUACACAUGUAUAAAUAAUGUAUUUUGUUCUAUAUUAAUUGUCUAGAGUCUAGACAAUGGUUCAGACAAUCUAAUUUUCAAACAAAGCAUCCUAUGAGUGCAAGAUUCCCUAACUACUAGAAAGAACAUAUUUCUGAGCUCUUUUUUUUUUAGUUUUUUUUUUUUAAGCUUUUGAUAUUCAUCUCUUACAUUUGUACCAUCUGAUUUUUGGCACUUUUUGAAAAGGUCCUAGCCUUUCCAGCUUUCUUAUUUCCUGACAUUUUUUUUAUCUCUUUGUUAUCUUUCUAGGGUUGUUGGUGAUUGUUUAACUGGUAUAUUUUGCUGUACUCUCUUGGGGGUCAACCAUGAAUAAUGCCUGCACUAGGAGGGCUUAAGACUUUUUUAAUGAUUAUUGGAUAGGGGGGUCAAAUAUGAUGUAGCAUUUUUUUAAAACAAAAGUGAUGAAAAAGAUUAAUUUUUGCUUAUUGGAGGUAAAAAUGUGACAUCAUUUAUAGUCGGUAAAUGUUUGUUUUGAAAGACUCGUCCAUAACAUUUACUAUUCUCUGGUAUUUUUUUUCCAACAUGAUGGAGAAUGCUAAGCAAAGUAUGCCAUAAUUGAUUUUAUUUUUUGGUAAGUUGAUUUUAAUACAAAAAUGCUCAUUGCAUUUACCUGUUUAAUUUGUUGAGCAUGUUAAAACUGUCAUUAUUGGCAAGCUGUGUUCUAAUGGUUGUAUUGUAUUUGUGAGUAAACUUAAGAACAGUUUUGUAUUGGGUUCCUGGCUCUAGUCUGGUCAAGUGAACUAUUGGAUGCAUAAAGCCUUCUCUAUAUGAAUGAAUCAUAAUAAAUACCCACAGAGUUUCAGUGAAUAAUGUAUACGUGGCAACAUGGCUGCGUUAUCCUCAUUGAAUCUUUCUUAACUUUAUGUAACUCAAUCGUUCUAACUGUAUUUUAUCAAGAUUUUUAAAAACAUUUACCAGCUUAGUACAGCCUGCUCUGUUCAAGGAUCUGAUUUCAGCAGUUUUAUUAUGCCUUAAAAACUUUAUUUUUAUUCUGUGCAUGCAUUGUAUAGGAAAACAGUUUCUUUUGAAAGUUUUUUAUUUGGUUUAAAGCUUUUAAAAAUAGUUUACAGUUAAGUUUAACAUGUAUGAUCUUUCACCAAAGUAGGCCCCCCAUAUCUUCAUUUAACCCCCAUCACCCAAUCGUGUGAGGACUGCUGUAAUUUACGUCACAGUACCAUGUUUGAAGCUUGUUUAAAACUACAUGCUAAUUUUAUCUGAUAAUUUAAUUUUAACAGAUAACAAUUACAUAUUUGUUAUGAUGGAUAAUAUUGUUUUUUUUUUAUAGCUGUCUGUCAGAAAGUAAAUAAUUUUCUGUUGUUUAUCAUAUAUAUAAUAUAUUAUUUGUCAGAUCAUAGCAUAUUAUAAUUUUAAAUCAUUAAAGCUUUAC